GCCGCCUGGGAGCCUUCCGGCCCAGCUGCCUGUCCGGUCCCCGCGGUCCCCGCCCUCCUGCGAUCCGGGAGCCGGCUCGGUUCGGAGCCGAAAGCUGUGCGUUCGGGCAUGCCCCGCUACGAGCUGGCUUUGAUCCUGAAAGCCAUGCAGCGGCCAGAGACCGCUGCUGCUUUGAAGCGUACGCUAGAAACCCUGAUGGACAGAGGGGCUGUGGUGAGGAACUUGGAGAACCUGGGCGAGCGUGCACUUCCUUAUAGGAUCUCCGCCCACAGUCAGCAGCACACCAGGGGAGGGUAUUUCUUGGUGGAUUUUUAUGCACCGACAACAACUGUUGAAGGCAUAAUGGAGCAUUUGUCUCGAGACAUUGAUGUGGUUAGACCAAAUAUUGUAAAACACCCUCUGACCCAGGAAGUGAAAGAGUGUGAAGGGAUCGUCCCAGUCCCACUUGAAGAAAAGCUGUAUUCCACCAAGAAGAGGAAGUGAGAAGAUUCACCAGAUUUUAGCCUCCUAUUUAAUUCUCUCACUUUUGAGCACCAUGGAUUAAUAACUGACCAGCUUGAUCUUUAUGUAAGAGGGUGCUUUCAGUGCCCUUUGAUUUUUCUAAGGUACUUUUAGUUCUUGAUCCCCUUUGCUGUGAGAAGUUGGGGA